GCUGGGUCUCCUGUCAGUCGGUCCACGUGGCAUGCUGUUCCCUGCCUGGCCGCGGGGGGGCGCCCUCCCCCGCUACGGCCAGGUUUCUGGGCGGAGGAGGCAGCAGUUCUCACCAUCAUCAACAUCACCAGUAGUGGGACCGGGGCUCUAAACUGCGCUGAAAGCCGUUUCUGAAGUGCCUUUAACCCGGUGGAAGCAGACAUGGGAUACAGAGACGUGAUGAGCCGAGCCGAGGACGUAGCGGACCAGUUCCUGCGGGUGACCAAGCACUACCUGCCCCACAUGGCCCGGCUGUGCCUGGUCAGCACCUUCCUGGAGGACGGCGUCCGGAUGUGGUUCCAGUGGGGGGAGCAGAGCGAGUACAUCGAGUCUACCUGGAGCUGCGGACGCUUCCUCGCCAACGUCUUCGUCCUCAUCAACCUGCUGGGACAGCUGGGCAGCUGUGUGUUGGUGCUCAGCAGGAAGUUUGUCCAGCAGGCCUGCGGCGCUAUGUUCGGGAUCCUGGCCCUACAGACGGUGGCCUACAGCAUCCUCUGGGACCCCAAGUUCCUCAUGAGGAACCUGGCGCUGAGCGGCGGCCUCCUCCUCCUCCUGGCCGAGUGCAGGGAGGAAGCUCGCAGCGUCUUCGCAGGAGUCCCGUCUCUGGGCCGCCAGAGUUCCCCCAAGCACCUCCUGCAGCUGGGAGGAAGAGUGCUCCUCAUCCUCAUGUUCAUGACGCUGCUGCACCUCAACCUGAGCCUGAUCAGCGUGCUGCAGGACCUGGUGGGCACCGCCCUGGUGCUGCUGGUGGCCGUGGGCUUCAAGACCAAGCUGGCGGCGCUGACGCUGGUGGCCUGGCUGCUGGGCAUCAACGUCACCUUCAACGCCUUCUGGAGCGUCCCCGCCUACUCGCCCAUGCACGACUUCCUCAAGUACGACUUCUUCCAGACCACGUCGGUGAUCGGGGGCCUGCUGCUGGUGGUGGCCUUGGGGCCCGGCGGGGUCUCCAUGGACGAGAAGAAGAAGGAGUGGUGAGGAGGAGGAGGAGCUGGCUGCUAUUUAUUUCUGCUUCUGUCCCCCCUCCCCCUGAGACAUCACAGCUCCUCCUCCACCGGGUGUCUGAGCGCUGCUGUCCUGCUAAGUUCCAGUCCCCAGCCAACCGCUGAGGCCGAGUACGGAGGAGUAUUAGGGCCAAGGAGGAGGAAAAUAAAAUAAUAUUUUAGAGGAGGAAGAUUCUU